AAAGAGAAAUAUCAAAAGACGACAUGUAGUAUAUGAAAUUGAAGUGGAACCGAAAAGCAGCAGUUUAGUACGAAGAUUUGCAAAUGAUUAAAAAUUUGCAUAAAAACGCGAUCAAUUUUUAAUAAAACUAAUCGGAAACUGAACGCUUGUGUAUUAACAAUUAGAAAUAACUAAAUUUUAUAGAAAUCCGCAAUAAAUAACGACCCGAAAAACGAACGAAACCAAAGUGCUGCACAUGAAUUUUGUGAAAAUGUAAUUUCUCUGCUGCACGACUACGAAGAAGUAGACAACGACGACGACGAAGCAAAAAAUAAAAAGUAUUGCAAAGAUAAAAAUAAGAAUCUGUGACUGGCACUGAAUAGCAGCAAAUAAAUUAAAUUCCGUGCGGUGGAUUACUCCAAAUACGAAGGAGUAUUUAAAAAAGGAAGCUGCAAAAUUUUUGUAAACGAAAAAUAUUUAACUAAUACAACGUAAACAUAAAAAGUGAAGUUAGCUCAAAAAAAGAAAAAAAAAAAACAACACGACAUUGUUGAAGAAGAAGCAGAGCUAGCACAAAAGGGAGUUCCACUUCGAAUGGAAUAAAAUUUCUGCUGGCCAGACGGUAGGCGGCAACAACUUUUUUUUUACCAAAACGAAACUAUUGUUAACCAUUAGAACGUGGUUGUGGUGAAACAAUAAGUGUGCUGAAGACUGACUGUGUAAACUACAGAAUUAUUACGUGUACCUUACCGGUGCUACAAAAACGAAUGGCUGACAAGUGGUUGCACGAGAGACUUACCACUGUACACACUUUCGCGUCUAGCACUAGAGGACAAUAGACAACCUCAAGCGGCUGGACAGUAUUUAUGAUUUUUUUUUUAUUAUUAAAUAUUUCGUAUAGCACUUAUUAACCCACUUUUAUGCCCGCACACUGUUUAACGAAUAACGAGCCUACGACAACGGCGGCGACGCCACAAGCUAAACCAAUGCUCGCCAUAAACGAGAAGCGCAACACAGAAGAAGCCUCUAACGCCACCGCAAUCGUCGCUGUAAAGCAACGUCCCAAUCAGAACGAUAGCAAUGUCAAUCAGCAGCAGCGACAACAAAAAAAUGCAGUUGUUGGUGGCGGCGCUGGCGGUAGCACAAAUAACAGCAACAGCACACACGAACAUACAACACAGUUGCCACCAUUGCCGGAUGGACCGUUGUGGUCAGUGUUGUACGAUUACGAUGCCAAGGGUGAGGAUGAGCUGACCCUGCGUCGCGGUCAGAUUGUAGUGGUGCUGUCAAUGGAUAGCAAUAUAUCUGGUGAUGAGGGAUGGUGGACGGGCAAGAUUGGUGAUAAGGUCGGCAUUUUUCCCAGUAACUUUGUGACAGACCAAGAUCCCAUGCUGCCAGACGUGCCCUCGGCGAUUGGUGAUAUACAACCGCACGAAAUUGACUAUGCCGAACUCGAUGUAGGCGAAGUGAUAGGCGCAGGCGGCUUUUCCAAAGUACAUCGUGGCUACUAUAACGGCGAGGAAAUAGCUAUUAAAGUCGCGCCGCAAGCCGGGCCUGAUGUCGAAUCGAAUCGCGACAAUGUGCUACAGGAAGCAAAACUCUUUUGGGUUGUAAAACAUGAAAAUAUUGUCGCGUUACGUGGCGUCUGUCUAAAACCGACCGACCUCUGUCUGGUGAUGGAAUAUGCGCGUGGCGGUAGUUUAAAUCAUAUAUUGGCGCGUGGUAAAAUACCACCAGAUGUGCUGGUCAAUUGGGCGAUACAAAUAGCACGUGGCAUGAACUAUCUACACAACGAGGCGCCCAUAUCGAUUAUACAUCGCGAUUUGAAGAGCUCAAAUGUGCUAAUUUUGGAGGAAAUCAUCGCUGGCAAUUUACACAAUAAAACACUAAAAAUCACUGAUUUCGGUUUGGCGCGAGAACUUUACAACACAACACGCAUAUCAACGGCAGGCACAUACGCCUGGAUGCCGCCGGAAGUGAUAAAGAGCAGCACGUACUCCAAAUCAUCGGAUGUUUGGAGCUACGGUGUGUUGUUGUGGGAGCUUAUUACCGGCGAAACCCCGUACAAAGGUUUCGACUCGUACUCAGUUGUGUUUGGCAUUGCGGUGAAUAUGCUAACGUUGCCGAUACCGAAGACUUGCCCGGAUGCAUGGGGAAAACUCAUGAAAAGUUGCUGGGAGAAUGAUCCGCAUAAACGUCCGGGUUUUAGGGAUAUUUUAACGAAAUUGGAGGAUAUUGCGCGCUCAGGUUUCACGCUAACACCACAGGAAUCGUUCAAUACCAUGCAAGAUGCCUGGAAGAAGGAGAUAGCCGAGGUGCUGCAAGAGUUGCGCUUGAAAGAAAAGGAAUUGCGCAAUAAAGAGGAACGCUUGAAUCGUGUUCAAAGCGAACAGGAUGAACAGGCCAUGAAUCUGAAACGUUUCGCUGAACAAUUGAAGCUGCGCGAAAUGGCUUUAAUCGGACGUGAACUCCAGAUAGCACAACAAACGCCCACACCGAAUCGUAGGCGUGGCAAAUUUAGCAAAGUGAAACUCAAACUUCUAAAAAAGAAUAAUGAAGUGCAAAUUUCACUACCAACCGACUUCCGUCACACCGUAACGGCAAUACACGACAAGCCAUUGACUGAUACACCGCCUGGCUCACCAGCAAUUUCCCAGCUGCGCAUUGUGGCACUAACCCCACCACAAUUGCCGCCCGACGGCUACAAAGGCAAGACAUGGGGUCCUUCGACCGUUCAUCAACGUGAACGUCCCCACCUGCCGGCACUACUUGCCACCGAAUGGUCGGGACCGGUAUCGACCAAUUCGCUCUUCAGCAAAAGUGCACCGAAUCUGGAUAAGAAAGCCGUGCGUCCCACCCAAUUGCAUUAUGCGCAAAUCAAUCACCAUCAACAUCAGCCGAUGCAACAGCGUUCGCCGCAUCAUCAUCACCACCAGCAUCAACACCAUCACCACCACACCCUGCAUCAGCAUUUGCACAAACAUUUGCCGCCGUCGCAUCAUUCGCACGCUCAUCAUUUUGAGUAUAAAUUCGGUUCGAUGCCGUGUUCGCCCACAUCGCCGACUGCGGGGUAUGCUGCGUCGGAUGCUUGCAUCGGCUACAAUGAGCCAGGUAUUUGUAUUAUAGGGAAUUAUAGCAACAACAACAACAGUAACACCAACAAGAACAAGAAAACUAGCAACAGUAGUAGUUGCAAUACAACACCAACCAGCAGUGUGAUGCCGUUAACAACCGCCAUCACCAUCACCACCACCAACAACAACAACAGCAACAAUAGCAACAUUUCCUCCAAUCCAAAUUCGAUCAGCUCGAAAUCAUGCAACUCAUCAACGCCAUCGGUGGUGACAUUUCCAUUACUCAAUAACAACAAUAACAGUAAUAAUAAUAAUAAUAAUACAAACGAACAUCCACAAAUCAUAAAUAGCAAUAACAACAACAACAACAGUAAUAACAGUCAUAAUCAUUAUCCGGUUCCGCAUACGCCAUCGCAUCCGCAUCCACAUCAUAGCAAUAGUAGUUCGAGCGAUAUUAGCGGUACUUUUGUCGGCAAUAACUUCAUACUAGAUACGAAAAUUCACAACAAAAACAAAAGCAACUAUAAUCCUAGUAACAAUAGUUAUAAUAGUAGUAGUACACUCAUUCAAAAUAAUAAUAAUAACAGUAAUAAUAGCCAUAGCAGUAGAAAUAACGGUAACACGCAUAACAACACCAGCAACAGCGCGCACGCCGUGAAAAGCUUCGCUUUGUGCAGCAAGAAGAAGCUAAAGGCGCAACAACAGCAGCAGCAGCAACACCACUUGCUGCGCCAACAAAGCCUUCAACCGCUACCGGCACUAGUACGCAGUCAAGAGGAUGGUCUUAACAUGUCGCAAGCGCGCUAUCCUUGCUCACCCCUGUCGCUGUGGCAAUACCAAUACGUACCCGCGCCUGCGCCCGACUACCCAACAUCCGAUCAGAGCGACACAGACACCGAACCGCCUACGCCCACCGUUAGCUGCUUUCCAUUCCGCAAGGUGUCGCCGGUGGCGCAACCGCCACUGCCACCCUACGCCUUUCACGACCGCAGUCCACUAUCCGAGCACAUGGUCAGCGGCUUUAGUAGUCUGGGCAAUAGUCCGGCCGUCGGACGCAAGAAACUCUCACUCGAUAGCGAGUUAUUGGCGAUUGAGCGUAGGCAAAAGCGCGCGCAACAAGAAGCGACAACGACCAAAAUGAUGCCAAUAGUAAUGCUAUUGUCCGAUUUCGAUAAACAUGCACCGCCGUCUAUACAUAGCGGCAGCGUCGCGAAUAGUGCAACCAAUCUCAUUGCGGAGCCACGCGACCCCACAUACGAUCGUGCAUUCUAUCGUGAGAUACAAAAAUCCUUGGAGGAAAUAUUCUCAACGCCAGCGCCAUCGCAGCGUUUCGGCAGUCAACGUUCCGAGCGUCUAAACUCAAAGUCUAGUGGCGAUUUGACCAAAUACAAUUCGACUUCACAACUCACAGAGGAAGGCGCGGUGGAUGAUGAGUCAACAUAUCGCUUUCAGCGCAACGCUUCAGGCUCACAAUUUCCACGACAAUGCUUUUUCCGGCAACCCUCGCAAGCUGGCGACGCCAUCGCUGACGGUGAUGACAACGAUGAUACGGUCGGCAGCAUUUCGCAAAAUGCUUCGUUCGCGCGUUCGCAUUCGGGCGAUGAGCAUUUCAAUUCGAUAUGCUCCGACCAAUCAUCGUCCAUUGACACGACAAACUCAACGCAAACGUCACGCAAGUCGUCUGUCAACUUUCAGCUAAAUUCCUCCGCCUCGCAAAGCAAUUCGUGUGCCUCCAAUGAGGAGCACAUCCAAAGUAGCAUGACCAACGCCAAUCAUUCCUUUAGUUUCUCGACAACUUUUGACGGCACCUCUGCGGACGAGGCGCAUUAUCAAGCGGACAAUGCAGACUCUUUCCACACGAGCAGCAACAGUGUCGCUGCUACAACGACUAAACACCUUCAGAGUGGCUCAUUGCUGCACGGCUUGAAGCUGCAGGACGUACAGCCGGCGCCAGAGGUGCUGCGCAUGCAACAGAACUUACUUCUGGCGCAGGAGGCGAAAGCGCGCAAACAUAAGAUGCAUGCGUCGAAGAAAAUGAGCAGCAAAACGAAGGAACACGGCUCGACGACUACAUCGGUGUCCUUCCAACACAAAGUGCAAAACCUAUUAAACUAUUUCACGAUACGCAAAAAGAAAUCGGAGAGUGAAUAUAAAUUAUUCGAAAAUGCCAACUCCGAGUUUGUGCACGAAGCUCGCGUCAAAUCAAAGGCGAAAGCCAAGUCCUGCGAACAAUUGGAGUGCGUUUAGUGCGUGCGGCGCGAAAAGUGAGGUUAGAAAAUUUUGAAAAGAGACUUUAAAACGCCUACUUGUUUGAGAAAAGUAUAAAAAUUAGUUAAUUUAUUAAAGUAGAAUGACGCGUUAGCCUAAAGAAUGUGCGACGCACUGUAAUUGUGUAAAAGAAAACGAACACAUUUUUUACGCCGAAAAUCGUUGAAUAUAACAAUUUGACCUGUGGCGGCAGUAAAAGCACGUUUUGUGUUAUGAAGUUAUGUAGACGACGCUUAACGGCAUUUUUUAAAAAAUAUUAGAAACAUUUUUACGACCCUUUCGGCGUCUGUACACCGCACAAGCGUUUAUGUUGCAACGAAAAGCGAAUGGAAUUGCAUUUGAUAUGCAUUUAUUUUCAAAGCAUACACUAAAUAUACACGCCAUGCACGCGCUUAAAGAAGUGGUGAAAUAGUGGAAAAGGUGGCCAGAACUGAAAUAUGCAGCGCAAAAUGGCUCGAGGUAUGGAAAACCGCUUACAAAUGUCAAUUGGGAUGCGGCGCGAAGCAAAUACACGAAAAAAUCUAAUAAUUGUAUGCAAUUAAGUUAAAAAUUUGGCAUAAAAGAUACAAAA